CUCCACUUUCCACAUUGCUGAAAUCUCCGAAAGUAUAAUUUUUAAUGGAGUAGUUCCCAAAAAAGGAAAAGAAAAAUGAAAAAAGAAAGAGACUAGUUUCUCGGUUUCUCCAAGUCGACGAAUUGUGUUGUUUCAGUUCCUUCCUUGAUAGAGUUGAAUUCAAACAUUUAGAUACCAACCUGAUACGAUCAUUGGUUGUUCUUUCCAUUAUAAAGUAGUAGUGGAGCACUUCAAAACCCAUCGUUGAUUUUCUGUGUUUUUCAUCUCCAUCUUGUUCGCCAUUGAAGAGCGAAGGAUCUGCUUUGAUUCACAUUGCGGGAUGGAUUGUCGGCGUUGUCUUUUGCUAUCGCUCUGUUUGCUUUCCGUCUUCCCUGAUCUCUCUCUUCAAUCGUCCAGAUGGCGAGGAGCUGAAAAAGCGAAAGAGUCGGUGCUGCGAUUGGUGACCGGAGCUCCGUCAACUGCUAUUGAUCCGACCCGGGUUGCAGCAAUCUCUUGGCACCCAAGGGCUUUCUUAUAUAAAGGAUUCUUGACAUAUGAGGAGUGUGAUCAUCUCAUUACUCUGGCCAAGGACAAGCUGGAGAAGUCCAUGGUGGCUGAUAAUGAAUCUGGAAAGAGCGUAGAGAGUGAAGUUAGAACAAGUUCAGGCAUGUUUCUUUCAAAAGCUCAGGACGAAGUCGUUGCUGAUAUUGAAUCCAGGAUAGCUGCAUGGACUUUCUUACCUCCAGAGAAUGGAGAGUCAAUGCAGAUACUGCAUUAUGAACAUGGACAAAAAUACGAGCCGCAUUUUGAUUAUUUUCACGACAAGGUCAAUCAAGAGUUAGGGGGCCAUCGUGUGGCUACUGUUCUUAUGUACUUAUCAUCUGUUGAGAAAGGCGGAGAGACCGUAUUCCCUAGUUCGGAGCUAAAAGACAGUCAGCCAAAGGGUGAUGACUGGUCCGAAUGUGCUAUAAAUGGCUAUGCAGUGAAACCGUAUAAGGGUGAUGCAUUGCUGUUUUUCAGUCUACUCCCAAACGUGACUACGGACCCCCUGAGCUUACAUGGAAGCUGCCCUGUACUCGAAGGUGAGAAGUGGUCUGCUACAAAAUGGAUCCAUGUGAGGUCUUUUGACAAACCACCCAGCGGAUGCGUUGACGAGCAUGAAAACUGUGCCAUAUGGGCUUCUUCUGGUGAAUGUGAUAAGAAUCCUGUAUAUAUGGUGGGGUCCGAACUCUCUCUAGGAAAAUGUAGGAAAAGCUGCAACGUAUGUUCGUCAUGAUAUAUAUGUAUUUUAGAUACCUGGGUUUCUGUUACUUAUUGUCUAGAAAGUAACUCUCCAAAAAACAGUGGAUCAGUUUAUAUACUUUGUUUUAGACAGAGAAUAAUCAUUAUAAUCAUAUUUGAAGAAGAUUUUACUAUAGUUUGGGAAUAUCAUAAUUAACUGUUGGAAGAGGGUGAUACACAG